CCAGCAUGCUUUUCUGCUUGCUGAUUUAUUUAAACGGGGAAGAGGGAACUAUCUGCAGUUUUUAACAUGAGUGUUACCUAACUGGUGUUGGUUAGAUGCUGUGCUGGUAAGGGUCCCUUUUACUCAAGGAAAAGAGGUUGGCUUCCCACCCCAUCUCCACCAUGGUUCAACUCUGGCCCCACUGAUCCACCACAAUGAUCUGGAUACUUCAAGUCCUGUUCUCACCGCUCCCAACACCAGCACUGAUUAGUCUUAUUGUGUUUGGAGCGGGCAUCUUCCUGUGGGUGAUAAGCAGGCCAAAACCUGUUUUGCCUCCUGUUGACUUGAACAAGCAGUCAAUAGGAAUUGAGGGAGGAGCCAGAAGAGGUGCACUCUUGACAGACAAUAACCUGCUUUCGUAUUACUUUGAAGAUGCUAAAACCUUGUAUGAAGUUUUCCAGAGAGGAUUGCAUGCUUCUGGAAAUGGCAACUGUUUAGGCUACAGAAAACCCAAACAACCUUAUCAGUGGCUGACAUAUAAACAGGUUUUGGACAGAGCUCAAUACCUGGGAUCAGGGCUUCUGCAGAAAGGAUGCAAACCAUCAUCAAACCAGUUUAUUGGCAUUUUUGCCCAGAAUAGGCCAGAGUGGAUCAUUUCAGAGUACGCCUGCUAUACUUACUCAAUGGUUGCUGUUCCACUCUAUGACACUCUGGGGAUAGACGCCAUUGUAUACAUUGUUAACAAAGCUGACAUAAGCAUAGUGAUCUGUGACACACCCGAGAAGGCACAGAUCUUGCUUGAGAACUGUGAGCAAGAAAAGACCCCAUGUCUGAAGACUAUCAUUCUCAUGGAUCUCUUUGAUAAAGAGCUCAAGGACAGAGGAGCUAAAAUGGGAGUUGAAAUUCUAGCACUGCAGGAGGUUGAGGAGCUGGGAAGAAACAACAUCAGAGAACCAGUUCCUCCUAAGCCUGAAGAUCUUUGCAUCGUGUGUUUUACCAGUGGAACCACAGGUAAUCCUAAAGGAGCCAUGCUGACACAUGAAAAUGUUGUUGCAAAUGCUGCUGCCUUCCUUAGAACCACAGAGAACACAGUUGAGCUUACAAGUUCAGAUAUCACCAUAUCCUACCUUCCCUUGGCUCACAUGUUUGAGAGAGUUGUACAGACUGUUUUGUACAGCUGUGGAGCAAAAGUAGGCUUCUUCCAAGGAGACAUCAAGUUGCUAACAGAUGACAUGAAAAUGUUGAAGCCAACCCUAUUUCCAGUUGUACCAAGACUGCUCAAUAGAGUAUAUGACAAGAUACAAAGUAGUGCCAAGAGCCCAGUGAAACGUUGCCUGUUAAACUUUGCUGUGAUUAUGAAGAUGGCUGAAAUAAAACAGGGCAUAAUUCGAAAUGACAGCAUUUGGGAUCGGCUAAUCUUCAAAAAAAUUCAGGAAACCAUGGGUGGAAAAGUGCGUAUAAUGGUAACAGGCGCGGCCCCUAUAUCUCCCUCUGUCCUGACAUUUCUUAGAGCAGCAUUGGGCUGUCAGAUCUUUGAAGCUUAUGGCCAGACUGAAUGUUCAGCUGGAUGCACUUUCUCAAUGCCUGGAGACUGGACAACAGGCCAUGUUGGAGCCCCUCUGGUUUGUAAUAUCAUAAAACUAGAUGAUGUGGAAGAAAUGAACUACUACUCUUCUAACAAUGAAGGCGAGGUCUGCAUUAAAGGACCAAAUGUGUUCAAGGGUUAUCUGAAAGACCCUGAGAAGACAGCAGAAGCAAUUGAUAAAGAUGGCUGGCUCCACACUGGAGACAUAGGGAAAUGGUUGCCAAAUGGAACACUGAAGAUCAUUGACAGGAAGAAGAAUAUAUUUAAACUUGCACAAGGAGAAUACAUUGCUCCAGAGAAGAUAGAAAAUGUCUAUGUCAGAAGUGCUCCUGUAGCCCAGGUCUUUGUGCACGGGGAAAGCCUGAGGUCUUUUCUAAUAGGUAUAGUGGUUCCUGAUCCUGAGACACUUCCAGAAUUUGCAGCAAAACUGGGAGUAAAAGGUUCCUAUGAAGAGAUCUGCAAAAAUCCAGCAGUGAAGAAAGCUAUUUUAGAAGAUAUGGUCAGACUGGGGAAAGAGGCUGGUCUUAAAUCCUUUGAACAAGUUAAAGACCUGUACAUCCACACAGAGAUGUUCUCUGUAGAAAAUGGACUCUUGACACCAACACUGAAGACAAAGCGAACAGAGCUUGUUAAACUCUUCCAGAAGCAGAUUGAUGCCCUCUAUUCAAGUACACAGGAAUAAGUGGCCAGUUUAAAUUAAACUGCAUGGAGUAUCCAAACAAAUCUGUGAUCCUACAUGACCUAUGGAGAACACAGGCAUGAGUGGAGGGGAGCAAGAAGAACUUAAUAUAUUGUUUUCUGGUAUCCUGGUAAAAAUGACUUUCAGAUGAAGAUGGCUGUAGUAUAACUUACAGCCGCCAGUGUUCACAUCUUGCCUGACUAAGCAUCAGCUGUCUAGGCAGAGCCAGAACUUUAAUCUUCCUUGGACUGUCACUGAA